AAUUUCAACAGGUACCGCUUUGUUCGCCAUUCACUGUCUCUGGUUUCUACCCUCUUCCCUUCCCGCGCCAAACUCACACGACACCAACAUUCGCCUAUCGAUUAGAUUAACCACGAUGAGGCGUUUUGGUCGGUGAAGUGCGCGUGGCGACGGUGUUCCCAAGCCAGGCAUGGCAAAAGUGGCAAAACCAAGUUCCGUGCCUCCGAGCUCUCAUCGACUUGGCUCAGGGGCUUUGAAAAGUGGAUCCAUGGCUAAAAAGAAGACACCUUCGGAACUUAGGGGAGAGCUGUUGAAGCGGGCAAGUGUUGUGGACCUUACUGAUGAAUCACCAUGCCCCUCCUUGGCUGAGCCUACAAAGAUCACAGAGGUGGACAAUGGACAUAACAAAAAAGGAUUGUGGAGGGCCCCUAGAUACACUGACACACGAGUUGAUGAAGUAUUUACUGCCAAAAAGUCCAGGUUUAAAAUUGCAUCUGGAAAGGAAAAUGCAAAGGAAAAUCCAUCUUUGGGACAAACUAGUAAUCUGAAGAAUCUUUCAGUUUUUUCGACUUUGGAGGCCAAGAGACAGCAAGGAAAUUCAUGCUUGGAAAAUUCUGUUUCUUCAGCUGAGCUUAGCAAAAAUGAUGUAUUACGAUCUUGUCAAACAGUUGAAAAGUGCAGCCAAGGAACAUUUCUUAGUGUUGCGGAGCUUUCAUCAGCUGCUGAUGCAUCUUGUGACUUGGCUACUGUUGACAUGGGCAAAGCUUUAAAAGGACUAGUUGCAUUCGAACCACAUGAGGCUAAUGACAUUGCUGCUGAUUCGGCUGAAGGACACACAGAUUUGCCAACUGUUGCAGGAAACUUCUUAUCUGAAUGGCAUCUACCUGGCCAGAAAAUUCCUUUGGAUCUUACUCUAAAAUCAAGUAUGCGGAUUGUAUGCUCCUCUUUUGAGAAUUGGUCAGCUAUGCGCGGUACCAUGCCUCAGUUAACCUUCCGGCUCAGUUAUUUCAAGAGUCAAAAUAUGAGAGGUUCUGAAGGCUUUAAAGUUUUACCUUCAUGGAUGUAUCCUCAGUCCAUUCUACCACCUUCAAUAAUAUCACUCAUAAGCUCAUCAACAUCAGACGGAGAAUUGGAGUUCUUGAGGAAACGACAAGUAGCUUGGGAAGAAUCCUUUCGGAACCUCUAUUACAUGUUUCGAAAGAACAUCUGUGGCCUUUUUUAUGUUUGCACUGCCCAGUUUGUGGUGAUGUUCACCGGUGGCGAUGGCUCUGGGGAAUCUAAAUGUUCAUGCAAUGCUUAUAUCUCUCAGUCAACCCAAGGUUUAAGAUCAUUGUUAAGAGAGCAUGUAAGCUGUACUUAUAUCAAGUAUUAUGUGUAGCUUAUUUAUAAGUUUCUAAUCGCAUAGUGUGACAGUUUUUUGGGGGGAGUUGGUAAUGUUAAGAAUGAUAUUUCAUUGAUGAUAUAUUUCCAGAUCUAGGAAAAUCUCAGUGAAAGUGUAAUAGGUACAAGGCAUUUUAUUUCUUGUCUUGCUAGGUUUUUGUCAGAGUAGUAGUCUCAUUUUAGUUGCCACUUGCCAACAAUUUCUGUGUUCAAGUAGAUCAUGGCAACGAGCAUAAUGAGUAACAACUCAACAAGGGAUGUACUUACUCUAUGAUUCUGACUACAAACAUUUUUAACUUGAAUGAAAUUUAUUGUUCUAUACAAGUACUCGUGGUUUUUUAGGACUUUUAUUCUAUAU